GUUCCUGGCCGCGGGUUCAGAGCGCGCUGGUCGGGCGCAUUGACUCUCCGCCCUGGUGUAGAAUUGCGUUGGUGAAGAGAGCGAGCCGCGCGGAAGAACCUCUCCGUCCAGCAGUAAAAAGAGAAGAUUCGGGGGGGGCUAGCGAGCAUGGCGGUCGAGGAAGAAGGUCUGCGAGUGUUUCAGAGCGUCAAAAUAAAAAUCGGUGAGGCGAAAAACAUCCCUCCCUAUCCUGGACCCAACAAGAUGAGAGACUGUUACUGUACUGUCAACCUGGACCAGGAGGAGGUGUUCAGGACCAAGAUCGUAGAGAAGUCAUUGUGCCCCUUCUAUGGCGAAGACUUUUACUGUGAAAUUCCCCGGAGUUUCCGCCACCUCUCCUUCUACAUCUUCGACAGGGACGUCUUCAGGAGGGACUCCAGCAUUGGUAAAGUGGCCGUGAAGAAGGAGAACCUGCAGAAGUACCACGGCAAAGACACGUGGUUUCAGCUGCAGCCAGUCAGCGCGGAUUCCGAGGUGCAGGGGAAGGUCCACGUGGAGCUGCGUCUGAGUGAGGUCAUCACAGACAACGGCAUCGUCUGCAUCAAGCUGGCCGCACGCGUGUUGGAGUGCCAAGGGCUGCCCAUCGUCAACGGGCAGUGUGAUCCCUACGCGGCUGUGUCCUUACUGGGGCCCACCAGAUCGGAGGCCAAGAAGACCAAAGUGAAGAGAAAGACCAACAAUCCCCAGUUUGAUGAAGUCUUCUACUUUGAGGUGACAAGGCCACCGAGUUACACCAGGCGUCACUUUGAUGUGGAGGAGGAGGACGUGGACAAGAUGGCUCUCAGGGUGGACCUCUGGAACGCCAGCAACCUGAAGUUUGGCGAUGAGUUCCUUGGAGAGGUCCGCAUCCCGCUGAAGGUUCUGGCCCAUUCAGGUCUUCACGAUGCAUGGUACUUCCUACAGCCCAGGGACAAUGGUAGUAAGUCCGAGAAGCUGGAUGACCUGGGCUCCCUGCGGCUCAACAUUGUUUACACCGAGGACCACGUUUUCCCCUCUGAGUCCUACAGCCCGCUCCGAGACCUGCUGCUGCGCUCUGCCCGUAUGGAGCCCGUGUCCGCGUCGGCUGCUCACAUCCUGGGGGAGGUGUGCAGGGAGAAGCAGGAAGCUGCCAUCCCGCUGGUCCGACUAUUCCUGCACUACGGAGAAAUUGUGCCUUUCCUGAGUGCCAUCGCCCAAGCAGAGGUCAACAGGACACAGGACCCCAACACAAUCUUUCGGGGGAAUUCGCUGACGUCCAAGUGCAUUGAUGAGACGAUGAAACUUGCAGGCAUGCACUACCUGCAGGUGACUCUCAAGCCCAUCAUAGAUGAGAUCUGUGCCGAUCACAAGCCUUGCGAGAUCGACCCUGUGAAACUGAAGGAAUCCGAGAACCUGGAGACCAACAGGGAAAACCUCCGUCAGUAUGUGGACCGCAUCUUCACCGUCAUCACCAAGUCUGGCGUCAGCUGCCCCACCGUAAUGUGUGACAUUUUCUCCUCCCUGAGGGAAUCUGCUGCCAAACGUUUCCAAGACCCUGAUGUCCGGUACACGGCAGUCAGCAGCUUCAUCUUCCUGCGUUUCUUUGCCCCGGCCAUCCUGUCGCCCAACCUGUUCCAACUGCGGCCACACCACCCGGACCCCUCCACCUCCCGGACCCUGACGCUCAUCUCCAAGACGAUCCAGACGCUGGGCAGCCUGUCCAAGUCCAAGUCUGCCAACUUCAAGGAGUCCUUCAUGGCUACUUUCUACGACUUCUUCAAUGACCAGAAAUAUGCGGACGCUGUCAAAAAUUUCCUGGACUUGAUCUCAUCGUCGGGGAGGUGGGACCAGAAAAGCAUCGAGACGCCGAUCAUGCUGAAAGAGGGAUUCAUGAUCAAAAGGGCACAGGGGAGGAAUCGAUUUGGAAUGAAGAACUUUAAGAAGAGGUGGUUCCGUCUCACCAACCAUGAGUUUACCUACCAUAAAAGCAAAGGUAACACCAAAGGUGAGAAUGCACUCUGCAGCAUCCCCAUUGAGAACAUUCUGGCAGUGGAGCGACUGGAAGAGGAGUCCUUCAAGAUGAAAAAUAUGUUCCAGGUCAUUCAGCCAGAGAGGGCGCUGUACAUCCAGGCCAACAACUGCGUGGAGGCACGCGAUUGGAUUGACAUCCUGACCAAAGUCAGCCAGUGCAACCGCAAGCGCUUGAGCACCUACCACCCCUCCGCUUACCUCAACGGCCACUGGCUGUGCUGCAAGCUCUCGUCUGACACGGCCCCCGGGUGCACACCUUGCACGGCAGGCCUCCCGGCCAAUAUCCAGCUUGACGUGGAUGGAGACCGUGAGACGGAGCGAAUCUUCUCGCUGUUCAGCACCUACAUGGCAAAACUGGUCAAAAUGCAAGAGGCGUGUGGCAGUAAAUCUGUGUACGAUGGGCCGGAGCAGGAAGAAUACUCAAGCUUCAUUAUAGAUGACCCGCAGGAGACCUACAAGACGCUGAAACAGAUUGUCAGCGCCGUGCAGACACUGGAGCAGGAGCACGCUCAGUACAAAAGGGAUAAGUUCAGGAAGACCAAGUAUGGCAGUCAGGAACAUCCAAUUGGAGACAAGAACUUCCAGUGCUACAUUCGCCAACAGUCGGAGAGCUCCACCUACUCCAUCUGAACAGCCGGCCACCUUGGCCACGGUGCUGUGAGCACGGACGCACUGUGCGCGACUAGCCAUUGCGCUCGUACUAAGAAGAGGGGCUGUGUGUCAGAACGCAGCCCACCCGCUCGGAAACAUGGCAUCAAGCUACGGAGGAAAGAAAAAUAAAGUGUCAAGCUAACUCCAGUAUUUUGUAUGAAGUACCAAGCUAAAGGACUGCUUUCUCACCAUAUGGGGUGACAACAGCUAUGCACUUUAAUCAUCCCUCACCCGCGGAUGAAGUAGCUCUGCCUGGCAGCACAUUUUUUCAUGUUUAUUCUGUGAGAAUUUUGUUUUUAACAUUUUUCAGAAUCAUCAGUCUUUUUAAAAGUCUUUUGAACAUUAUUAGUGUUAAUACUCCCAUUGAAUUUCAAGUCUUCAAGUACAACCUGCACCACUCACUCGACUCCCUCACCCCCCGAAGCAGUUUUGUUCACCUGGUGUUUUAGCUACGGAUGGGCGUUAAUUCUUCGGUAUGCAUGUCUGCGUGUGUAUGUCUACCUUUAUAUUACAGUAAGAGAGAAUUUUCUUAUUCAGUGCAUUAAUGUGUGUUUCUGUUUUAAUCAGAGCCUUUUACAAAGUUUAGUUUUUCGGUUUAUUUUGCAUUUCUGUUGUCUUUUAUUUUGGUCCAUUUAAAAAAGACCUUAUUAUGGGUCAGUGUGAUCAUUGUGUGGCUCAGAAAGCAAUAGUAAUGGUUAGAAAAGUCGUUGCAUUAAUUCCUCCUCUGAAAUGUUAAUUCCAAUGGGUCAUCAAGGUACAGGGAGCAUGGACAACCCUCUGCACUAUGGGAAGUUGUUUAAGUGGUAGCUCACUUAGCGGUCACAAGUAUUUUAAAAUAGAAAAAAUUUUACAGCAUUGGUUUGUUUUCUAUGUCAUUGUUUGUAAACUCAAAUCAGUGGUGAAUUUGUGUGAAUUUAAACUGUAAACAAUCAUGGAUACAAUUUAUCUACAACACAAAUUGUCUUUUUAUAUUUGUGUCAUUGUACAGAAUCUUAAACUUAAGAAAUGUCUUUCUAUCUUUGUGUUUCUGUGGAACAUUCUUGAACUGUGUGCGGCUGGUUCGGAGAGAUAUUUAUGUUUGCGUUUGGGAGUCAGAAGGGUCUGACCGUGAGAGCAUGAGGUUUCUGUGAGUAUGAAUGUACGCGUGUUUGAAAGGGUGCAUGUAGGUAUAUGUUUGUGAGUGCAUGUUGGCAAUAGAUCAAGUUCAUUCUGAAAGAUGGCAAAAGCCUUUAUUUGGACAGUUUUUCCUGAACUGAGACUAACAGGUGGGAGGAGCCCCAGGUUACAGGAAAUGUCACAGCAUGGCAGUAAUGUUGUAGGUAGAAUAAUGUGUUGCUACAGCAUCUCCAUGACAUCCCGAGAAGGAUGUGCGAUACACAGGGAAGUGGCUUAAUCCCAUCUGAUGAGUUUGCUUCAGUUACACAUAACAUUUUUACAGUGCUGUAGCAACACUGAGAUCAUGUUGUAAGCUCUGUGUGCCAGAUUUUGCAGAAGGUCUAUUUUUUGAAUGCUUCCAAUGCUGUUUUCCUUUUGAGGAUUUUGGGAUUUUGAUUCAUUAGCAACUUUCAGUUCAAAUUAUUGGCAGUAACAACAUUACCCUAACAAACUAUUUCAGUAUAUAUUUUUCUCACAUAUUUUACUUAUUUCAUUUUGGAUUGAAACUUUGACACUUGCAGUAUAAAUUACAUGAUACGUAAUGACCAUCGGCAUUUAAUCCACCUAAUAAUUGUGAAACUGCUUCUAAUGAAAACACAGUUAACAUUUAAAGCUUAUGCAUGCCAAAUCCCUGAACUGAGAUUCUUGACAACUUCCUCAAAAGAAAAACAGAUUGAAAAAGGAAAAUGUAUUUUUAUUAAGAGAGAUGACUUAUGACAAAUGUACAGAAACAAAAAUUGUUAAUGGAAAGCAAACACUUCUCUUUGGAAAAUGAAGGCAAUAUUAAUGGCCCUGUUGUCCCUGUGUUUUUAUUCAGCUGGAACCUGAAAAUUUUUCAUGUUUUCUGGAGCUGCAGACUGAGCCAAUUCUGUAUGACGUCGCUUUCGGCUUCCUGAUGGAUUCAGCGUCCAGCUUCAGAGCUGUUUAGAACCACAACCGCUGGUUCAGUUCUUUUUACCAAUAAGUCAUGGGUGCCCUUUUUCUUACUUUUGGUUUAUAUUUAACACAUUCAUCUGCUUUCAAAGAGACUGAUGCAAUGUAUUCUAAUGAAAAUAUUUUGGACUGAUCAUCAAGACAAAGCAACUUUCCUAUUAUUUUACAUGGUAAUAAGUGUGACAGUGACAGCCUUGACUUUGUAUCAUCAUAUGAAGCUACUGUAUAUGAAUUAGAGUAACCAAGACAUAAUGGUUAUGCCUAGAUAGUUUGAAAAGGACCCCAGUUCACUGAAGAAAUACUGAUGAUGAAUGGAUGGGAACAGAUUUGUUGAACUGGGGGGGAAAAGAAGACAUUGACAUUGAUGAGGAACCAUAUACGAAUUUGACACUUUGGACUGAUUUGGAGACUUUUGGUGGACUGUACUGAACAGUAGUUUACGUAGUACUCACAUAAAACAACCCUCUGCGAUUUCUACUAACAUCUUGAGAGAGUUUAAUCCAUAUAUAUAU